CAAAAUGGGUUAGUUUGUGUGCAGCAGUCAGACCAUCCAUAGAGCCGUAUCUAGGAUUGCAUACAUCCAUCGCCUUCAGGGACAGAGAACUCGACCAUCCAUUGACCACACGACGUUCAGUUGGACCUUCAUCAAUUUAUCCUUCGCCGAUCAUCGAUUGCUGAGCUAUCCGGGCACCGCUUGGGGACAGCUCCAGAGAGAUGAGGCCUGAUCCCGCUUUCCUCAGUUAGCAGAUCUGAAGGAGGACAGGAGAACUGAUACCGCACAUAUGCGCUUGUCAACGGAGCAAUGUUAUCAGCAAUAUCGUCGAGGUCAAAAUAUAACGUUGGCGGUAGCGGCAGCUUUGAUUCGUCCCUUGGACGAAUACUGGACGAUUACUGCACUGGAUUUCGACCGCGCUUUUGAGCGUUCAUCUCAGAGGCAUGGAGAAAACUAUUUUAGGAGAGCAUCGGACGACAGCGAGUGCCUUCGUAAAGGAAAACCAAGAGGUCUUCAGGCCGCUCGCAAGCUCCGCACCACUCGCCGUGAGAACCGUUGGGCUGAUAAGCACUACAAGCGUCAGGCUCUCGGAACUGCUUUCCGUUUCUCUCCUUUCGGUGGUUCCUCCCACGCCAAGGGCAUCGUUCUCGAGAAGAUCGGUGUUGAGGCCAAGCAGCCUAACUCUGCCAUUCGCAAGUGUGUCCGUGUUCAGCUCAUUAAGAACGGCAAGAAGAUCACUGCCUUCGUCCCCAACGAUGGUUGUUUGAACUUUGUCGAUGAGAACGACGAGGUUCUCAUUGCCGGUUUCGGUCGUUCCGGCCAUGCCGUCGGAGAUUUGCCCGGUGUCCGUUUCAAGGUCGUCAAGGUUUCCGGUGUCUCCCUCUUGGCUUUGUGGAAGGAGAAGAAGGAGAAGCCCCGCUCUUAAA